AAACCUGAUUUUCUUCCUUUCUUCUGGUCUCUGUUUGAAAAAUUUAUUUUUAGGGUCGUGUGCCAAAGAUCAAAAAUUCUCGUUGAUGAAAAAAAAAGAAAAAGACAAACUCAAAACGUUUAAUAAUCAACGGCAAUUUUCACGAUUUACUAUCUGCUUGUUCUACUGAUUAUCAUCCAUCAACCUACAUUAUCCAUCAAUAGCCCAUAUAUAAAACCAUUUAAUUAUGUCUCAGGGUGAUCAGAUUGUAGACGAUGCAUAUUUGUAUGAUGAAUCUCUGAGUAUUACACCAGAAGAUUGUUGGACCGUCAUUUCAUCAUUUUUUCAAGAAAAGGGAUUGGUAUCACAACAAUUAGAUUCGUUUGAUGAAUUCAUCGAAUCAACCAUUCAAGAGUUGGUGUGGGAAGAUUCUCAUUUGAUCUUGGAUCAACCAGCUCAACAUACUACCGAAGAUGAUCAUGAAAAUAGACGUUAUGAAAUCACAUUUGGAAAAAUUUAUAUUUCAAAACCAACUCAAACUGAAGGUGAUGGUACUACUCAUCCUAUGUUUCCUCAAGAAGCUAGAUUACGUAAUUUAACUUAUUCAUCACCUUUAUACGUCGAUAUGACUAAACAAGUGUUCAAAUCAGAUGAUAAUUUAAGAAAAGAAAAUGAAUUAGAAUGGAUUGAAGAAAAAGUUGAAGAUGAAGAACCACAACAAAAAGUUUAUUUAGGUAAAGUUCCAAUUAUGUUAAGAUCCAAGUUUUGUAUGUUAAAAGAAUUAGGUGAACAUGAAUUCUAUGAAUUAAAAGAAUGUCCAUAUGAUAUGGGUGGUUAUUUCGUUAUAAAUGGUUCCGAAAAAGUUUUAAUUGCUCAAGAAAGAAGUGCAGCCAAUAUAGUUCAAGUAUUUAAAAAAUCUGCUGCUACUUCGAAUGUUUCUCAUGUGGCUGAAAUUAGAUCAGCUAUUGAAAAGGGUUCUCGUUUACUUUCUUCUAUGCAAAUUAAACUUGUAGGUAAAGAUGAUAAUGCCAAAAGUAAAGGUGUUCAAGGUAGAACUGUUAAAGCUACUUUACCAUAUAUUAAAGAAGAUAUUCCUAUUGUCAUUGUUUUCAGAGCCUUAGGUAUUGUUCCAGAUGGUGAUAUUUUAGAACAUAUCUGUUAUGAUGCUAAUGAUUGGCAAAUGUUGGAAAUGUUAAAACCAUGUGUGGAAGAAGGUUUCGUUAUUCAAGAACGUGAAGUUGCAUUAGAUUUCAUCGGAAGAAGAGGGGUAAUGGGUAUUAGAAGAGAAAAACGUAUUCAAUACGCCAAAGAUAUUUUACAAAAGGAAUUAUUACCAAAUAUUACUCAAGAUGAUGGGUAUGAAACUAGAAAGGCUUUCUUCUUAGGUUAUAUGGUUAAUAGAUUAUUAUUAUGUGCCUUGGAAAGAAAAGAACCUGAUGAUAGAGAUCAUUUUGGUAAAAAGAGAUUAGAUUUAGCUGGUCCUUUAUUAGCCAAUUUAUUCAGAAUUUUAUUCAAGAAGUUAACUAAAGAUAUUUAUAAUUAUAUGCAAAGAUGUGUGGAAAAUGAUAAAGAAUUCAAUUUAACUUUAGCAGUCAAAUCUCAAACUAUUACUGAUGGUUUAAGAUAUUCCUUAGCCACUGGUAACUGGGGUGAACAAAAGAAAGCCAUGAGUUCUCGUGCAGGUGUUUCCCAAGUGUUAAAUCGUUAUACUUAUUCUUCUACUUUAUCACAUUUAAGAAGAACUAAUACUCCAAUUGGUCGUGAUGGUAAAAUCGCUAAACCAAGACAGUUGCAUAAUACCCAUUGGGGUUUGGUUUGUCCUGCCGAAACUCCAGAAGGUCAAGCGUGUGGUUUGGUUAAGAAUUUAUCUUUAAUGACAUGUAUUUCAGUUGGUACCGCUUCAGAACCAAUCAUUUAUUUCUUAGAAGAAUGGGGUUUGGAAUCAUUAGAAUCAUUUGUUCCAUCAAAUUCUCCAGAUUCUACUAGAGUCUUUGUUAAUGGUGUCUGGGUAGGUACUCAUAGAGAUCCAGCUAAUUUAGUCAGUACUAUGCGUGGUUUAAGAAGAAGAGGUGAUAUUUCUCCAGAAGUUUCCAUUAUUAGAGAUAUAAGAGAAAAAGAAUUUAAGAUUUUCACUGAUGCCGGUCGUGUUUACCGUCCAUUAUUUAUCGUUGAAUCUGAAGAUGAUGCACCAAAUAAAGGUGAAUUAGUUUUACAAAAGGAACACGUUAACAAAUUAAUGAAUUCAGAAUACGAUGAAUACGACGAUGAAGACGAAGAUGAAUCUAAUAAUUAUACUUGGUCAUCGUUAGUCAAAGAUGGUGUUGUUGAAUAUGUUGAUGCUGAAGAAGAAGAAACUAUAAUGAUUGCCAUGACUCCAGAAGAUUUGGAAGCCAGUAAGACUCCUGAAGAUGAUUCUGAAGAAUUAGAUCCAGCCAAAAGAAUUAAACCAUCCUUAACCACAUCAUCCAGUCACACAUUCACCCAUUGUGAAAUCCAUCCUUCAAUGAUUUUAGGGGUUGCCGCUUCUAUUAUUCCGUUCCCAGAUCAUAAUCAAUCCCCUCGUAAUACAUAUCAAUCUGCUAUGGGUAAACAAGCUAUGGGUGUCUUUUUAACUAAUUAUGCCGUUAGAAUGGAUACCAUGGCCAAUAUUUUAUAUUAUCCUCAAAAACCUUUAGCUACUACAAGAUCUAUGGAAUUUUUGAAAUUCAGAGAAUUACCAGCUGGUCAAAAUGCUAUUGUUGCUAUUGCUUGUUAUUCUGGAUAUAACCAAGAAGAUUCUAUGAUUAUGAAUCAAUCUUCUAUCGAUAGAGGUUUAUUCAGAUCUUUAUUCUUUAGAUCUUAUAUGGAUUUAGAGAAGAGACAAGGUAUGAAAGCAUUAGAAACUUUCGAAAAGCCAUCAAGAUCAGAUACAUUAAGACUUAAACAUGGUACAUAUGAAAAGUUAGAUGAUGAUGGUUUAAUCGCUCCUGGUGUUAGAGUCAGUGGUGAAGAUAUUAUUAUUGGUAAAACUACUCCAAUUCCUCCUGAUACUGAAGAAUUAGGUCAAAGAACUCAAUAUCAUACUAAGAGAGAUGCUUCUACUCCAUUAAGAAGUACUGAAUCUGGUAUUGUUGAUCAAGUUCUUUUAACUACAAAUGGUGAUGGUUCUAAAUUCGUUAAAGUCAGAAUGAGAACUACCAAAGUCCCACAAAUUGGUGAUAAGUUCGCUUCCAGACAUGGUCAAAAGGGUACCAUUGGGGUCACAUAUAGACACGAAGAUAUGCCAUUUACAGUGGAAGGUGUUGUGCCAGAUUUAAUCAUUAAUCCCCAUGCUAUUCCAUCUCGUAUGACAGUCGCCCAUUUAAUCGAAUGUUUAUUAUCUAAAGUUUCAUCAUUAUCAGGGUUUGAAGGUGAUGCUUCUCCAUUUACUGAUGUUACUGCCGAAGCAGUUUCCAAACUUUUAAGAGAACAUGGUUAUCAUUCCAGAGGGUUUGAAGUCAUGUAUAAUGGUCAUACUGGUAAGAAGUUAAUGGCCCAAGUUUUCUUUGGACCAACUUAUUAUCAAAGAUUAAGACAUAUGGUGGAUGAUAAGAUUCAUGCCAGAGCUAGAGGUCCAGUUCAAGUUUUAACUAGACAACCAGUUGAAGGUAGAUCAAGAGAUGGUGGUUUACGUUUCGGUGAAAUGGAAAGAGAUUGUAUGAUUGCUCAUGGUGCUGCUGGAUUCUUGAAAGAAAGAUUAAUGGAAGCAUCAGAUGCCUUUAGAGUGCAUGUUUGUGGUAUGUGUGGUUUGAUGUCUGUUAUUGCUAACUUGAAAAAGAAUCAAUUUGAAUGUCGUUCCUGUAAAAAUAAGACCAACAUUUAUCAAAUUCAUAUUCCAUACGCUGCUAAAUUAUUAUUCCAAGAAUUAAUGGCAAUGAAUAUUGCUCCAAGAAUGUAUACCGAGAGAUCUGUUAGUGGUAUUCGUAUUUAGCUUUUGUUUGUAUUCUAUAUUACCCUGGGGGUAUUGGCUUUUUCUUAUGUAUAACUAUAAAAUUUACAAUUAAUAAAAAUUUACGAUAUUUCAAAUUA